AUGUCUCCGAUCGUUAGUGAAGUCUUGACGGUGUUUAUGAUAAAUUCCACAUUCAGCAGGACUCAUCUCGUGCAAUCUUUCUCCGUCGUCUUCCUCUACUGGUUCUACGUCUUCUCGUGA